UAAAAUCUUUUAACUUCUCGCAAUAAAUUUAUUUAAUUUUAGAUUCAAUAUUGUAUAUUUAUUAAUUGAUUAAUUGACAAUAAUAAUAUAUGAUUAAUAUUAACCACGCAUGCGUCGUUUCCAAGGUAAUAAAACUCAAAAUACUGAUCUCACCUGCUUCCUUAAAACACAUAGAAAAAAGAACAACAACAGCACGAUAUUUUUUUCUUCCUCUUUAUAUUGUUUAUAUAUUUUAUUAAUAAUUAAAAAAUAAUAUGAGUGACAGUGAAUUUUAUUUAUGCACAAGUGGAUCAAUUGAGUACGGUGAAUUUUAUGAUGCUGAUAAUGUUUAUUGCAAAUAUGGAUAUCAUUUUGGUUCUGAUUGGAGCAUUGUUGCGGGAAUUGAGGAAGGUCUGACACAAAUGUGUAAAUGCACAAAUGAUAUACGUCGUUUGGCAACUUGGAAUUUUCCCCUAAAUAUAUCUUUUAAAUCAACAACCCCUCAUGGCUGGCCACAGCUUGUGUUGUCAAUUUAUGGUCUUGAUAUAUUUGGUCAUGAUGUUAUUCAAGGAUACGGAGUUUGUCGGGUUCCAUUAACAUCUGGUCGUCAUGAAAAAAAAGUUGCUAUUUAUGUACCUGAAUCAUCAUCGUAUCUACAGCAAUUUGCUGCAUGGAUUUCAGGCAGAAGACCUGAAUUAAUUGAUCCACAAAUACUUGCCUCUGGUGAUGGAAGAGAAUUGACGAGAAUGAAGGGCCAAGGUACACUUACAAUUACCUUCAAUGUUGUGUUAAAAGAUUUUUCUAAAAUGGGAUAUGAUAACGGUGAAAAACGUAAUAAACAAUCAUUUUAAUUUACUAAAUAAUUCAUUAUAAAUUAUUGUGAAAAUGUGUUAUUUAUUUAUACAAUUUUUUAAUGAUCAUUAAAAAUAAUUAAUUACUUUGACAACAUGAAUAUUUAAAAUUAUUAAAAGUGUUAUAAAUUAGCUAAAUUAAUUUUUAAAAAAUUCAUAUAGUUAGAUAAAAGGCCGAUUAUAUAAAAAUAUUUACGGGAGGUGGUUGAGGAAUGGAUGAAGAUAAUGUGGAAAUUUUUCCAUAAUUUUCUACGCGAUCGGUAAGGGGUAGAUCGAGGUAAGUUUGGACAUAAACUCGUUUUUACUGGAAAUUUUUCAGGAAAUAAAUUUUUCAAGUUAGAUAAAGGGCCGAUUAUAUAAAAAUAUUUACGGGAGGUGGUUAAGGGAUAAAUAAAGAUAAUGUUGGAUUUUUUUCAUAAUUUUUACGCGAUCAGUAGGGGAUAGAUUAAGGUAAGUUUGGACAUAAACUCGUUUUUACUGGGAAUUUUUCAGGAAAUAAUUUUUUUCAAGUUAAAGGGCUGAUUAUAUAAUAAUAAUUACAGAAAAAGGUUCAGGGAUAAAUGAAGAUAAUGGGAAAAAAAUGAUUUCUUCAAAAAUUUCAUAAUAUCAGCUUCUAGUGAAUAAAAUAAUUAAAACAAAUAAAUUCAAUUUUAUUUAUUUUUAAUUUAGAGAAAAUUAAGCUUUAUUUAUCAUAGCUUGAUUAAAUAAAAAAUUCACAAAUUAAAUGAAAUAAAGAAAAAAAAAAUAGACGUUAUAAGUUUAUUUAAAUUUUUUUACAGCUUAUACUAAAAUCACUGAGUAAACUUAUAUUCUUUUGGAUAAAAAUGGUAAUAUAUUUCUCGUUGAAAUGUCAGUAAAAUUAAAAGAAAAAAAAAAAAAACCAGCUUUAUAAACCAACGAGCUGAAAAAUCCUUAGCCACUUUAAGCUACUUUUUUUAUCUCUUCAUAACAUCUAUGUUUAUCAAAAAGUUUUACAUAUUUUUGUGCUUUUUUAUAUAAUCUUUUCUGCAAAGAAAAAAAAAAAAAAAAAUGGUAAUAAUAAUAUUCACAAUAAUGAAAUAAAUAAGAUGAACAUUUUAAAAGUUGAAUUUACUUUGUAAAAAUUAACUAUACUUUUAUGUCUAUCAUUUUCAUAAAUCUCAAAAUUUAUAUUCUCCUUUGCCGUAAUUUCUGUCAUUUGUAUAUAAUUUUAAAUUUUAAAUUUCUAUAAAUAAUUUACAGAAUAUUUAUAUUAUUAAAAAUAUAUAUUUUUAAUAUUAAAAAAAAUUUUCUCAGGUCUUUAAUUAUAGUUUACUAAUUAUGCAAUAAUUACCAAUAAAACGUAAAUUUUUUUCAUAUAAAAAUCGAAAGAAAAAAGUAAAAUUAAAUUGAUAUAUUAACAUUGGAAUUACAAAAAAAAUUUGAUAUUUCAUUAAAUAAUAAAUCCUUCCACCAUUUGAUAUAAAUCUUUCUAUUAUUGAGAAAAAAAAUUUACAAGAUUUAUUCAUUCCCAAUCGAAAAAAGGCCUCAAUCAUCCAGCGUAAUAAAAUUCUUUCGAAUCAAAAAAAUUUAUCAUACAUUUUUAUUUUUUAUGAAUGAUAAAAUUUAACAAAAAAACUUGAAUGAAAAAAUCAACAAAUAAUGAAUUAUAUUGCUUGGUAUUUGAUCUAUUUAUUUUUUUAUAAAAGAUGUUUAUUUAAUUUAUCAUGUUCUUUUUUUUUUUCGAAGAAUAUUGUUAAUGAUUAUUGAGGAGACAAAGAGUUAAAAGUGUAUGACGUAUUUAUGAAAGAUAUUUAAUGUUACUACGUGUUUGAAGAUAAAAUUCAAUAAAAUAUUUUUAAUAUUCGUCAUGUAUUAAAUAAACAAUUAUUCAUGAUAAAAAUUGUAAUAUUUUAUGGUACAAUUUAAAAUAUGUCAUUUUGAUUUAUUAAUAAUAUCUGUGAUAAAUUUUUCUUUUUUUUUAAUAUGAUAUUUAAUUUAAAACAGCUGUUUAUAUAGUUCUUUAAAUUACUUGAGUGUUUUUGUUAAUUACUUGGUAUCUAUGAUGUAAAUUAUUUUUUUAAAAGAUUUUAAAUUAUCAAUAAUUCAAAUUUUAUUUGAUCUAUCAUCAACUUUUAAUUUAUUAGUUUGAAUAACAAUAAAAUUACUCUAAGUUGACAAUAAAAUUUUUUUUUAUUGUGUAAACUUUUAAGUAUAUAAUUUUUAUUAUUAAAUUUAUUUAUAAUGAUGAAAUUCAACAAGUUAAAAUUUAAAUUUUGAAUAAGAAAAAAUUGUAAAUUUAAUUUAUAACUUUUAAUGAGAUAUUGAAGUUAAUAAUAUAGUUGGUGCUUAACUCUAUCUUUACAAUAAUUUUUUGAAUAAAUAUUAUAAUAUAUUUAUAUAAUUAUUAAUUUAUAAAAUUAUAUAAAUCAAAAUAAGAAAAAUAACUGCAAAAUUAAGAAGAAAGUUUGAAGUAUAUUUUUAACUGUCUCAUAUAGUUGUCCAAUUAUUUAAUUGACAGUUUUAAUCAUGAAAAAUAAAGGAGAAAAAAAAAAAA